AUGUUUUCGAUUUCCAAGCGUAACUGUAGUGAUUUCCAGUCACUACCCGAGAACAACUCGUUGAACUGUGAUAAUACCGAACACGAAGGCGAUAUUCUUACUCCAUUCACCUAUCAAUGUAGGGUUUCAAAGUUGCAGUAUUUUAAGAUGUACUUGCUCACUGUUACAAUACUCCCCUUUCGUGCUUUGAUAGCCGGUUUUCUUUUUAUUGCCGCACUUCUGAUUGCAAAUGUAUUCACAACUGGGUACGGCUCGAAGCCUCAAGUAAAACCUAUCUGCGACUUUAGAAGGUGGCUUAUCCUUCCAAUCGUACGUAUGUGUGCUCGACUUGUCUUCUUUAUCGGGGGGUUCCAUUGGAUUAAAAUCCAAGGAAUACGUGCUUCACGUAAAGAAGCGCCUAUUAUGGUUAUUGCACCUCAUUCAUCCUUCCUUGAUGCUCUUGUUGUUGUGGUUCUUGGCUUGCCAUCCGUUGUUGGGAAGACGGAGUCAGCGGAGUCCUUUGUUGGUGGAUUUUUCAGAUUGCUGCAACCCAUUCUGGUUAACCGGGAAGAUCCCAAUUCCAGAAAGAAAACAAUUCAGGAACUUAUUCGUCGUGCAAAAUCAGAAGAGGAUUGGCCUCAGAUUGUUAUUUUCCCGGAAGGCACUUGCACUAAUCGAAGCUGUAUUGCAACGUUCAAACCAGGGGCUUUCAAUGCAGGUGUACCGGUUCAACCAGUAAUCGUUCGCUGGCCAAAUAAAGUGGACAGCGUGACUUGGGUCUGCGAAGGUCCUGGUGUGUUUAAAUUACUAUGGUUGUUGCUGUCACAGUUCAACAAUAGAUUGGAAAUCGAAUUUUUACCAGUAUAUCAACCAAACGAAGAUGAACAACUGGACGCUCAAUUAUAUGCUAAUAAUAUCCGUCGGAUCAUGGCAGAACAUUUGAAUGUCCCAAUCUGCGAUUUAUCUUACGAUGACUUCUGUCAAAUCAGAAUAGCAUUCAAGUAUAAAAUACCAGGAUAUGAAGCAGUAGUCUAUUUGAACUCCUUACUCCAAAUGAUGUUUGCACUUGAACAUAAUUGUGAUUUGAUAACGGAUGAAGAUAAACAGGCGGAAUGGUUUCAAAUACGUCUUGAAAGCAUGCUUGGUGUAUGCCGAAGUAAACCGUACCUAUCACGAAUAGAAUUUAUUCAAACCCUAUUUCAAACAAGUCAGCCUAAUUCAAAAGCUAAUUAUUUAAUCAAUUUAGUUGUGAAAUAUUAUAGUGAUCCAUCAUCAAAUAAUCUGAAUUUUCGUAUGUGUAUGGUUCAUACAUCUAUGCUACUAUUUCCAAAAUUGCCUCAUCAAGCAUUUUACUAUGCUACAAAGGCAUAUAAUCUGUGUACUUCACAAACUGAUGUAAAUGCAGCGAAAGUUUGGGAAAUUAGUCGUUCUGAUGCGGCAGAGUUAUUGGGUUUUGCGUUCACUUUAAAAAAUGACGAAACAGUUAACCUUAUACUUGAUCGUGCUUACCUGAUACAUAAAUCUACUCAUUCAGAUAAUUCAUCCAGUGGAAUUAGUGGGGAGUACUUAUAUGAAGGCCUUUUAUAUCACCUGCCGGAUGUAGCUAAUUGUUAUGCUCAUUUUGAUGCGGAAAUCAACAAAGUUUUUGGUCGUCAUCGUCGUCAUUUAAUCGACUCAACUUCUACAUCAGAAAGUGAUCUUAAUGAUUUAAAAUCAACACAUUCUGUCCCUGUAGAUAAUUCUUUGAAUGCUACAAGCUGUCCAGAUUUUACAAAUAUCUUGAAUAAAAAAACUGAGAUAUUACCCAAUCAUUUUGAGUGCAUUGAUGUUACAGAAAUUCCACCAAUUGAAACUAAUCAUUAUUCUGAAAAAUUAAGAGAUAAUAUCCACCUAUGCAACAUUCCGCACAGAGACGAUCAAAGUAUUAACUUUCGUGGGCGAUAUUCUGAACGCGGUAUGUAA